AUGACAUCCUCCAAUGGUCUUCGUUCCCUCCGGGCGACGAGUUUCAUUGGCGCUCUCGGGCACUGUCGUCCUCGUCUUGAGCCUGGUAUCUCGAGUCGAGUCCAGUCUCCUCUACGCACAAGCCAGCGUAUGCAGAGGUCCUUUCACAUACAGCCUGCCAUCAGCGCCGCCAUCGAGGGCACACAGGAAAUACUACUCAACAUCCACGCCGUCACCAACACCCCAUGGUGCCUGACCAUCCCCCUAUUCGCAGUGGGCGUCAGCGUCUUCUUCCGCCUGCCUUGUACCAUUUACGCCCAUGAUAUACUGCAACGCCGAAGCAAACAUGCAGUCAUCAUACAAGCGUGUAACGCACGCAUUCAGCGAGAUGUGCAACGAGAAGGCAUUUUCCCCACCAAAAGACUGCGAGAAGUCAAAGCCCGCCAGGAGAAGGUGAUAAGGAGGCUGUAUGCGAAACUAGGCCUGCAGGAGUGGAAACUCUACGGCAGUCUUCUCAGCCUCCCUUUCUGGCUCACCGCCAUCGAUGCCGUAAGACGCUUAUGCGGCGGUCCACGAGGCCUUCUGGCAUCCUUGGUAGCUGGGCCUCGAGAUGCCGGCGCGGGGGGGUCUGGCACAGCAGAAUCUGCCGGAGCUCCUGGCCCUUUGGCGACAACGACAAGUGGUGCCGCCUCCGAUAUCCCGGGUAUCGACUCGACUGCUACCUCUGGUAUGGUAGAGACACUUACUCAAGCUGCGGAACCGAGCAUGGCUGUGGAGGGAUGUUUGUGGUUUCCUGACUUGACGAUCGCGGAUCCCUAUCAUAUACUGCCCUUUGCGCUAUCCAUCACCCUCGUCGCGCAUGUCAUUCCCAAAUCUGGCGAUGGGAUUAGGGCGCUUUUCGGUCCGAAGACUACAACUGACCAGUCAGCGCCAUCGGCACUGACAGAUGACGACAAAUUAGCCAUCGGGGAGAAGACACGGUCAUUCUUUCAUCGAGUUCUUCUUGUGGCGGCUAUUGCGGUGGGACCGGCCACACUCAACCUUCCGGCUGCGGUACACCUGUAUUGGUUGUCGUCAUCUGCCACCAACUGGAUCAGUGGUAAAAUACUCAAACAUUUCAAGCCAGCCUCGUCAGUGUUGCAGGUCAGAUGUACGGGCACCGAGCUCCCUGUCAUCAGACCGCAGCGAAGACCGGAGGAUGCUCUGAGUGGUAAGGGAGACAAGGUGGAAAGAUAA